GUCGGCAGAGUUUUCUCUUAGUCUACUUUCGGAGUUAUUGCGUGCCUCACGCAAGGCGACCAUAGAUUAAGAAGUCAUAUACAACCGAAAAUUUAGCCUGAUGCCCAUAAUGAUAUUGCCACCCGAAAUUUGGGAGAAUAUUCUUGGCAAUUUGACUGCGUGGGAUGCAGUGAAUUGUGCGCGUGUCUGCUGCAUGUGGCACGAGAUUAUGGGCAGAAAAAUAAGAGACGUUUGCCAGCGUACAUGGUCGACUGUUUAUCUGUUGGAGCUGCUAACAAUGGCCGCUGAAGAGAAAGGUCACCGAGGCAAUGAGCGCCAAAUUUUAAGCACAGCUGAAGCCAAGCUUCGAGAUACAAGCCUUUGGGUUAGAGUUUUCGAACUUGACUUGUUAACGAAACAUCUAUCGUACCUCGGCAGAAGAGUUUUACACGGGAGGGAAUUUCUAAAGUCCUUCGAGAACUUGGUGGUGAAAGACGACAGCGACGAAGAAGGAAUUAUCUUGAAGUUCUACUCUCUGCCACAAAUUGAAGAAUUUUGUUUGAGCGUGCCCAAAGGAAUGAACUUAAUUCAGAACGACACCAGCCUCUCCAACGAUGCAUCGCCAUGCACGGCUCAUGUCCGAAUACCCGGGAAACUGCACGAGUUGUAUAGUCUUGGCGUACAAGACGGUACUAUGAUCAUGGUUGCUACAGUAAUGGACAGGGAAGAUUUGUUCUUCUUUACCAUACAAAGUGAUACCGAGGGCGUUCUCAAGGCAUCUAAGCUCCAAGUGCACGGCUUACCUACAAAGUUAUUUAGACCAGUUUCACCUCAUCGCUCUUUUAUCAGUGCGGACAACUCAGGAACUCUUGCGGUGGCCAAAGGCGAUUCCUCCAUCUCCUUAUUUCGGCCGAAUAUAUGCUACGACGAUUUUCAACAGCUUCAAACUGAUUACUGUCUAGUGGGAGAAAUCACCUUCAUCAGUGCAGUCUCGCAGUUCUCGUUGCAUCAGAAUACGCUUAAAACUAUUCUCAAGAACGGGGUAGUGACUGUACACGAGCUCAGAGAAAGCAAGUGUCGUCUGCUGGAAGUUUCUGCCGCGCAUUUAAUAUCCACAAAUGGAACACCUUUGACAUCUGAUGGCCCAGCUCAGCCUCAUGGAGUUCAAGAAGCAGUGCUGAACGCGAUAUGUGUCGGCAACUCGUGCGAGUAUCGAGACCUCGCAUAUCCCAACCCCACCUUCUUCUGCCAACAUCACCUCUUCGUCUCCUCGGCCGUCACAUCCAGACUUUUGUAUUAUUGGCAUAUGGACAGGAACAUCGACUACUGGCUGACUGCAGUUCUUCCUCCGAAGACCGCCAUUGACUCGCUACACCGUGGCAGCAGCAGCUCGUUACCAGACGACCAAACGCACUCAUCCGUGGUGCUGCACAAAGCUUCGUUGGGCGGCGGCGUAGAAGUGCUCGCUGUGCACUACCAACGAGGGCUACUCUUUGCUGCCACGGUAGAGGGUCAUGUGCUGGUGUACCGAUACCAGUGCCAUGCCCCACACCAGCAGGAUGGAGGCACCGCCGUCCUGCCGGCGCUCGACGUGCCGCUGCUGGACCUCAGGCUCGCCGACCUCCCCCUCACUAGAGUCGCCACCCUCUUCUCUGAACGCUUCAUCUACGUCUUCGCGCUCGUCAAGAACUCCUCCGUUAGAGUUGCGAUCGUUGAACUCAACGCCAACCCUGCUCUUAGAGAGGAAUCUUAAUAUGGGCUUCAUGUGAACUGUAAUAAAAUUGAUUCCUAUGCAAGCCAUUUGAAAAAAAAUAUCUGCGAUAUAAUGAUCGCGCUCUCUAUUCGUCAUCGAAAUCCUGGGCUUGAUAUAAGUAAUUUGGCCAAUGGAAACUAGAUUAGCCCACAGUGUUUAUGAAGUAUAUAGUUUAACUAAAGAUUCUUGUGGAUCGUUUUAACAACGAAAUGAGCUCAAUUUAAUCGUGAUUGUGGAAACACUUCUGGGAUCUUAAAUUUGAAGCCAAAAC